AUGAGGUCAUUCAGAGGGGCGUGGUGGGGAUGGUGUUCAUUGAUUCUAAAGAGACUUGACUUGCAGCACUUUGUGCACUUGUUAUGGCGUUCACAGUGUACACAGACUCUUCUCCACCAAGAUCAGCCCGACUUCAUGCUCACAUCCUUGGAGCAAGUGGUGUGCACCCCAGUGAUGUCGGGGGUAAGGCAGACCCCUACUGUGUCCUGCAUCUGCUGGGAGUCAAUGAGAAUGACAAGUUGCUCAAGACAGAGGUCAAGAGUGCAACUCUAGAUCCAGAGUGGGGUGAACGCUUCGUCUGGAAUGGAACCGAUUUGGAACCAUUCACAGUGAGAAUAGAUGACCAAUUGGAGCUGUUUGGGUACCUUGGAAUAGACGUGUGGGACAAGGACACAGUCAACGCUGACGACUUCCUGGGCCGUGUCCUCAUUCCAUUCAGGGAUAUCCCCACCGACACUCAUUCUGCCAAGGACACCCGGUACGACCUCACCAAACGAUCUCCCAAGGAUAGCGUGCGUGGACAGCUGUGUGUGCGUGUGGAGCUGGAGGUGGACAGUGGAGUGCAAGUAGAUUGUACCAUUCUGGAUGGCAGUCUAUACCGCCGUUGCUCAGGGUUGGGCUUCCACCUUCCUCUGGCCAGUGGCAAGGAGACAGUGGAGAUACCUGGACCCACUGAGCACGUGGAGAUGGCAUUCUCUGGUGUAUUUGUGGACGUCUGUGCCAGUCACUACAUUGCACAGGUCUUCCUCACCAACUACAGAUUGAUAAUCCUAGCAGCCAAGUCUAGGACGAAUCAGUGUGGUACGAACAUGUGGAUAGCACUCAACAACAUCCAGUCUAUAGAAGUUGGAGACGAAACCAUUGUGGUGAGUCGACAGAGGUCUGGUGCUAAGGAGAGGUCCAAGACAGUCACAAUCUCAGUACACUGUUUCGACGCACGUACUGUCAAGCUCAUCUUUCUGCUGGAACAAGCGAGACAGUCACGCUCCAAAUCACCCGACCCGCCGCCACUUGAGCUCACUGAUCCCCCAGCUGGCGUCCCUAUAAAAGACAAACAACAAAUUGGACAAAGAUUUUUCAGUUUUGCCUCCUCUCCUAAGAUUGGCCGUCGUAUCAUAAAGUCUGUGUCCGAGCGGGUCAGAGGUCCUCGUUCGGGAACACUCGCUACUGACCUUUCACACUCUCAACGCUUAGAUACCCUUGACCCUGCUGAUGAGAGUGGUGAUGGUCGAGCGAGGACUAGGAGUGGAGCAUUUCGUGCAAAACCCACCCUCCUCUUGAAUGUGAGUGAGGACCAGCCAGAGGCAGAGGACACAGAGGUCACCAAAUCAACACACUUCUCCGGUGAAAAUUCGGAAUCAGAAUUUGAUAUACUUUCUGAAGAUGAUGAGGUUACGCUUUCGUUUACCGAUCUAUUGGACGAUGUCAGUCCCGAUGAGAUUGAUGGGAUGGUCAACUGUCAAACAGAGGGUGGGAGAAAGGGCAGGAGCAACUCAAGAUUGCUGCACGCCACAGAUUUGUUGGUAGCAGCCUUUCAGCUGAGAUUGGAACAUCUAGCUCUGAACGUUGCUGACUAUCCUCCUGCCGUCACUUUUGUCAAGCUACACACUGGCCAGCUGCAGCUGACAGGGUGGGACGUGUACAGUUUCCCUCGAGAGAUGGAUCGGCAGGGUUUGUCUGAGGAAAAAUGGAAGCUGACAGUGACCAAUGGCCCUGAGUACAGACUCUGUGCAACCUACCCUCAACUUAUGUACAUGCCGAAAGGAGUGCAGGUGGGGGUGCUUGAUGAGUGUGUCAAGUUCAGGAGCAAGGGCCGUAUCCCCUCUUUAGUCUGGGUGGACAAGACACACCAUAACUUCAUGCUGCGCUGUGCUCAGCCCCUCACUGGCAAGACUGGAAGACACUCUGCCUUUGAUGAGCACCUGAUUCAGUCUGCCAUUCACACUGGACCUGCUGACGCGCACAUGAUCAUAUACGACGCAAGGAGUUUCUCAGCAGCUACCGGCAAUAUGAUAAUGGGUAAAGGCACAGAGAUAAUAAAUCACUACCCUCGAGCCAGACUGGCUUUCCUGGACAUACCCAACAUCCAUGCUGUGAGAGACAGCUAUGAUGCCCUCAGGACACUCUGCCUUUCUCCCACCUCCUCCAAGUGGCUCUCCAGUCUGGAGAACACUGCCUGGCUCACCUACCUCAGUAUCAUCAUCAAGGGGUCGACCAUGAUAGCACGCUACAUGAAGCAGCAACAUGGCAACGCUCUGAUCCAUUGCAGUGAUGGGUGGGACCGAACUUCACAACUGACCUCUCUAGCUCAGCUGCUCAUCGACCCCUACUACAGAACCACUGUUGGAUUCCAGGUCCUUGUUGACAAAGAGUGGCUCUCGUUUGGUCACAAGUUCCAACAUCGUCUCGGCCACCCUGACCAACCAAACGAACGCUCCCCCAUCUUCCUACAGUUCUUGGACUGUGUCUACCAAAUAUUAACUCAGUUCCCGAAUGCCUUUGAGUUCAACUUCUCCUAUCUUCUCUGUAUCGCAGACCACCUCAACACUGGAUGGUUUGGUACGUUUCUGUGUAAUUGUGACAAGGAGAGACACGACAUGUCACUGUAUGCUAGGACAGCCUCGUUGUGGGCCCACCUCUCAGCCAUCAGGGACACCCUGCUCAAUCCAGGCUACCAGGAGACCUCUGAUUCAAUCUAUCCGACCAAUAACGUGCGUCGUCUGCGACUGUGGGAGGAGUUUUUCCUGCGCUAUGACAGUACUUCUGACUCCCAAGUAGAAAGGGAUGGUGCUGAGUCAGCAGAUCCGGAUGCUAGCAUAACACCCAUGACUCCUGGAGCGGAGGCCAGCCACUGGCAGGAGAAUACUGUGGUGUGGAAAUGCGAUGACAACACCAAUGAGUGUCAGUGGUGUCAGCAGAAGUUCACUGCUUUUAAGAGAAAACACCACUGUCGGUCAUGUGGACUCAUCUUCUGCAAUGACUGCUCUAAACUCAAGCUCCCCAUCCCUCACCUUGGCUACUACACUCCGCAGAGAGUCUGUGACGAGUGUCAUCGAAAACUACAGGGUGCUCACAAAACUACAGACAUUGGGGAUGGUUUUCUACUGGUCAGCUCCAAAUCAUGACAGGUCAAGACAAUUCAUUUCUUCAUCAUGCACUGUGUUUGUUGUGUUAUUG